GAGUCAGGUGGCGAUGUGCAGCGGUGUUCCUGGUUCUCCGGUUGCUUGUGUUCUGGUGACAACGUCGCUGGCUGGCUAUGCUUGUUUCCAAGCACCUCCGGAUGUUAUUUGUAUUAAAGCCCAACAGGAAGGCAAAGUUCAUUGUCAAAGUUCACUUGCUUCUGAUCAAUUGGUGUAAUUUUAAUAACUUCCUUGGGGUCUUCUAGAAUAGUAUUGCAGACCUUCGUCGGUGACAAUGCUAUUGAAAGUAGGGUUGUAAAAGUUAUUAAGUCCUUUAUGAAAUAGUUAAAAGAUAAUGUUAGCAUACAUCUAUAUAAUUGAAUGCAUCUAUCUAUCUGUCGAACUUCUAUCCGUCUCAUUCAGCUUCUAUGGCAACCCUUUUGCAUCUCGUCCUGUCGCUUAGCAACGAAGGGACAGCACCAAGGUGACGACACUAGGGUUAGUUGAUUACGGCUAAAUCGCAAACUACAAAAACAAACAAUACGUUUUCAUUUCACGUGAAUAUUUUUUAUAUCUGACUGAAUUAGACAAUCAAAAUUAUUACAUAGAAAGCGAUUUUGUCUAUAUACGGAACUUAUAUAUCCAUGAAAUUUCCCUGCACCCCCGGCAGGCGCAGUGAAGUGGUCCAAAGCAACUUCCUGUAAAACAAACAGCGCGUUGGUCAAGCCAAAGAAGUUGAGGCUUUGGCAAUGACAACAGAGGAAAGACCCAAACUAUGGAGAACUUCAUCCUUUAUGAUGAGCUAGGGUCAGGUAGCAGGUCUGUGGUGUAUAAAGGCCGAAGAAAGGGCAGUCUUGGUUAUGUAGCCAUUAUCUGUGCCGAUAAGAACAAGAGGCCAGAAAUCACCAACCAUGUACGCCUCUGCAAUGACCUGGACCAUCAGAACAUUGUGUCCUUCUGCGAGUGGUAUGAAACCAGCAAUCAUCUGUGGUUGGUCAUGGAGCUCUGCACAGGUGGCUCCCUGGAGUCUGUGAUUGGCCAGGAUGGCUGUCUGACAGAAGACAUGGUGAGGUCCUUUGGAUGGGACAUAGUCAAAGGGCUGAAGCAUCUCCACCAAUCAGGAAUCAUCUACUCUGACCUCACUCCUGCCAAGGUCUUGCUGGACGGGGAGGGCGUGCUGAAGCUCAGUAACUUCUGUCUGUCCAGGGCGGCGGGAGAGACCCUUGAGGAGUUCUUCACAAUGCUGUGCCUCUCGGGCCAGUCGGGCCAGGCAGGAGGGGAGGGCGGAGAGGGGGACCAGGAGGUCUCUGAGAGCGGCCUCAGGAAGAGGAUACGAGGUUCUCCAGUCUACAGUGCCCCAGAGAUCUUGCAGGGAGCCAAUACCAGUCCCAGCUCUGAUCUGUGGGCAUUGGGUUGCAUGCUCUACCACAUGUACUCAGGAAAGCCUCCGUUCUAUUCUGAAAACUACACUGAAAUGGUGAAAAUGAUCACGUACCAGGAGCCUGCACCCCUCAGACAAACAGUCGAAGAGUCUGAAUCAAGUCCCAGUGUUGAGUUCAAGAGCCUUCUGAAAGGCCUGCUUAACAAAAACGCCAACAAGAGAAUGGAUUGGCCAGAGCUGUUGGACCACCCUUUCUGGGCCCAAGUGAAGGAGGAGGAGGAGGAGGAGGAGGAGGAAGAGGAGGGAUGGUCUGAAGAUGGAGAGGAAGAGGAAAGGGAUGAGGGAGAUGGCGAUGGUCCUGAUGGAGAUGACGCCAUCAGUUCAAGGUCCAACCCAAACCAAAGGCUCUCAGACCGAACGCUGGGCAGUGGGAGCGCUGGCCCGUCCUCCACCCAGACACCAGGCCACCGCCUGGGGCAGGACCCCGUGAGACGGAGGGCGUCCCAUCCCCUGGCCCCCAGCCGGUCAUUCUCCCUGGAUAAUGUUUCAGAUCUAAGACCGAAGAGCGCAGAUAACGAUAACUCUGAGGCAAUGUUCCUGCUAAGCAGCCGUGCGACCCCAAGAAGAGGCUGCAGUAUUCCGGACCCCCCCUCCCAGCUUCCUGCAUCCAAGGCCCAUGAGAGCGACCCUGGCAGCGACACUAUGUCCCGUGUGGAAGCCCUGCUGUAUACCGACGCGGACAUGACCGUCGCCGCGGUGAUCGACAACCCCAAGAUUCUGCACAGCCCGGCCGUACGGUUUGACCCAAAGACUCUGUGUGUGCCAGCGUAUUCAGUGGACAAGCUCCGAUCCCUGAGCGACGAGGAGUGGGACGUCUUCCUCCUGCAGCUCUGCUCCUCCCUGGAGGGAACGGCCGCGCCUCCUCCUCCUCCUCCUCCUCCCCCGGCCUCCUCUUCCUCCUCCAGCGCUCCCCCUCCUCCUCCUCCUCCUCCUCCUCCUGCCGCUGCGGCAGUCCGCUCCAGAGUCAACCUGCUGGGCUACCUGUGUAGCGCCGCGGUCGCCCGUGGAGACGUAGCCACCCGGCUCAUCAACUCCCGCCUGCUGCCCGUGUUGACACAUCAGCUGCAGCAGGCCCCUUCCUGGGAUGUGAGAAGCAAGGUGCUCAGAGUCAUCGGCCUGUUGGCUCAGCAUUGCACCAUCCUCAGUGAGGAAACGCCCACCUCUGAGGUGGUGUGUGCAAUAACAGACCUCCUUAGAGACAACCUGAGGAACAACAAAGCAAAGCAGUGCCUGUUGCCACCACUAGGGGAGCUCCUCUAUCGCAUUGCAUCCCAGCAGGAGCAGGAGAAGAGGAAGAGGAGGAAGAGGAAGAAGCAGAGGAGGAGAGGAGACUCCCCAGAGGCGGUGUGCUUCGUUCCUGCAGCCGCCUACUGCGGCUUAAUGAGGAGCCUCAGGGAAGGGGACGACGCCGUGGUCCAGCACAUGGCCGCUAAGACCGUCGAAAACCUCGCCACCACCGUGACUGACUCCGCCCACAGCUUGGUCACCGUGGAGACAGGCCCCGCCCUGUGGUACCUGUUCACCCACUCCACCGUGGAGGCUGUCAGAAUCACGGCCAUCUCUGCUCUGUCCAGGCUGACCCGUCGCGUCCCGGGGGUCUUCCUGGCGGUGAUUGACAGCUGCGGCCCGGCGGCCAUGUUUGAGGCUCAGGGCGUGGCCCCGCCCAGAGUCCAGCAGCACCUGUUGACUGCCACCGCCGCCGCGCUGCUGGGCUCACACACACACACCCACCGCCUGGCGCAGGCCAAGGAGGUUGUGUUGAAGGUCCUACGGUGUUUAGACAGUCCAUCCAUGCUGACCAGGGCCAAAGCACUGCUGCUUCUCCUGCUGCUCCUCCAGGACAACACACAGACACUGAAGUACUGCUGUCAGCACAGGUCUCGUAAUGAAGGGGUGGCAGUGCAAGCAGCUGAGAUCCUCCAGGAGAUCCACGUCCUAUAG